AUGAACCAUUCAACCAUCGAGAGGGCCAGUAGUGUCUCUUCUUACUAUAAUCCAUCAUUUUCCAAGAUUUUUCUCAUUAAUAGUCAAGAUGUUCGAAACCAUCAACGGAGUCGGAUCUCGAGGUAUAGUCGUUACAGUGCACGCCAAAGACCCCAAUCAUCGUCGUACGAAUACAAUACUGCUUCUGAGAUUGCUGAGGAUUUAAAAGUGUCUUUCAAGGCAGCUGGAAAGUACUUUUGGAGGAAACUGCACGCCAGGUACGGCUCAAACACACGACAACAACAGCAGCAGCAGACACAAAAGAGGGAGUGCCUUGCUGAAGAUUUAGAUGCUGCUGAUAGCACCUUUGGAGGCUCGAAGAGACCUAUGUCUGUUUCGCAUGUUUAUUAUAUAUCAAGUAAACGCAGAAAGUUGGAUAGUCCAAACGUUCAGGAUAACAUAGGCGCUCACUCUUUGCCCACGUACUUGUCCAUCGACGUUGUUGAUAGUAGCAGAAAGGACUCGUCGGCAGGAAUCGGUUCAAAAGAUCCAUUCAAGUGGGCAACAUGGUCAGUAUGUUCAAAUCAGGACAAAAAUUGUAACACUAAACACAACUACGCAACCUCAAACUAUGGUUCAGCAUUUAUAUCCAAUAAACAUAGCUCGGAGCCAAAUCAAGCAGUCAAUCCUGAGGAUCCAAUUGAAAAGAAAGAGUUUGCUGACUGUUUAAAGACCAUAUAUGAAGGAAAGAACUUGGUGCGGAGUUUUGACUCUGCAAAGGAGGAUAUCAUGAAGGAUUUGUCUCUCUCAAACAUAGGCAACCACUUGAAUUCAACAACAUCCUUCAAGUUAAGAAUUGCUGGCUUGACAAAACAAUUAAAAGAUAUAAUAGUUCAGAACCAAGAUAAGGAACCUAUAGAUGAUCUGAUUGUCGUUAAAGAAAGAAAGAUAAGCCCUUUAGAAAAGAAACGUAACGAGUUUUAUAGACACGUCGGUGACGUUAAUAAAGCAUUGCUUGACUAUAAGAAAUACACCAAAUCAUAUGCAGAUUUACUGAAGAAACAAAGAGAGGCCAGGAAAGCAUAUUUAUCCAAGAAAUCUCAACAAGAUUUGAUUCCAUCAAUAUCAGCUUCAGACCUAAAUGAAAUCCAGCAAGCAUUUAAUGCGAAUGAUAAUAAACUACUAUCCAAGGGAAACAACUUAGAAGUUUAUGUUCGUGAUUUAAUCACACUUAGACCUGGUGCUUGGCUAAAUGAUACAAUUAUUGAGUUUUUUAUGCAAACUAUUGAAGCAAAUGAUGAAGCUUGUGUGGCUUUUAAUUCAUUCUUCUAUACAACAUUGUCUGAUAGGGGAUAUCCAGGUGUCAGAAGAUGGUUGAAGAGAAAGAAGAAGAAUAUUGACAAUUUGGAUAAAAUAUUUGUACCAGUUAAUUUAAAUAGAUCACAUUGGGCUCUUUGUAUGAUCGAUCUUAAGAAUAAAAGAAUUAUUUACGUGGAUUCUUUAUCUAAUGGUCCAAAUGCUACAAGUUUUGCUAUAUUAAGUGACUUACAACAUUUUGUAUGGGAGGCAAGUGAACAUAAAUAUGGUAAAGAUUUCGAACUUGUCAAUGCAGAUUGUCCACAGCAACCUAAUGGUUUUGAUUGCGGUGUUUUUGUUUGUAUGAAUGCAUUUUAUUUGGAAAAUCACUCCGAAUUAACCUAUAAGCCUUCAGAUGCAUCAAGAAUGAGGCUCCAUAUUGCUAAUUUGAUAUUACAUUCUGUCGAUAAAAAAUAG